GUAGUUAUGGUGCUUGGAGUGUCUUUUUCACAAGCAUUAAAGAAGAGCUCUCACUGACUAUAAUAGACUACUCCAACCCCCCCCACCCCCCCCAAGCCAUUAAACAACAUUUAAUGAUAUUGCCAAAUGUCAGCUCAGUUAUAAUGUUAAAUUGUAAGCCCUUGCAUCUUGUGUAGACCUUUGUAUAAAACUACGCUUUAUUGAUAUUGACUUAAUAGAAAGCUUUUCUCUGAUCCCAUCAGAAAAUACAUGCAUGUUUUUAGGUAAUUUGCAGCUUAACCUUUUUUUUUUUUACUUUGUGUAUUACAGCCUGGCCAACAAACAGGACAGGGAAGGGGCACUGUCUGAAGCUGACAUCAUAGAGUUUCUCUCACUUGAAAAACUUGUUAAUGAAUAUAAAUGUUUAUGUCAGAUUGUAAGUAUCAGGUUUCCUCUGGCUGUUGGAAAUGUGAUAAUGUUAAAAAAUGUAUCCGUUUCCCGAUAGUGCACUAAAGUAUUCUGAAAUGGAACCUGUGUCUGUAACAGGGGCAUACAAUAAAACCAUUUUGGCUAUACGCAGUUAAUUACUUUGUUGCAGCAACUCUGCAUGCCUGCUUAGCUGUGUAAUCUUAACAAGAUGACAUGACUCUUAUAAACCAAUCUCCUAAAGGUUUAUUUACACUGAACUCUGAAUUGGAACAUUGAAAUCCGAAGGGCAAAAAAUCAGGACAAAAUAGUCAAGCUGCUUCCAUAGCUGAGCUGCAUGAUUUUUCAAGAUCAACUAUUUUAGCCUAAAUUUUGCCAAUAAUAUUUAAAUUCUGUAAAAUUCAGAUCAACACUAGUAAUUUAGUGUUAAUCUGUAACUUAAAAUUGAUGUCUGCCCUUGAAAUUUUCAAGUCAUUUUAUGAUGAUCUUUGUGUACAUAUCUCCCUAAAAUAAACAUGGUCUCUGGUAGAUUUAUUUGUGUUCUACAUUUGAUACAACUCUGUUAAACAUGUUUUAAAGGGUUUAAAUAUUAUUCCUGUAAAAUAAAUGUUGAGUAUAGUUUUCCGUUGUAUUUUACAAAACGUUGUGUGAUCACAAACAUAAGCCAUAAGUGUUUUGUGUCAAUAUCACUUUGCUUCCACUUUUGUAUUUACAUUAUUUAGUAAUUAUUUUGAUUCCUCUAUUCAGGAGCCAUGUUCUGCAGUUGUUCGCCAAGGAAAGAAAAUUGACAAGUCAAUAAAAAAUGGUCUGAACUGGUUGUUAUGUGUAAUAGCAAAAGAUUUUGAAGCAUUACAUGAACGCAUUCAAAAAGAAACAGCAGAACAGAGAGCCCAAGAGGAACAAGACAGGCGUGAACGAGCCGAGAGAGUGAAAAGAAUACGAGAAGAGAGGUACUAUGAUUCUAUCCUAAAAAUUCAGGACAGACUCGGGGGCUGUAAAAGCUUGUUUUGGGCUUGGAAUAUUUGUGGAUUAUCCAUGUAUAAAUGUUCUUGCUGUUUGCUGUUAUUAAGGCUGAUGAUGAUCAUUAUUAUUGAUUUGGUUUGAAUGUUUAAAAUAAUUUUGGAUGAGAGUAGUAGUUUCAUUUAUGUGAAAAUCUUGGUGUCCAUUCAUGUUUUGUCAUAUAUGGCGCUAGUCAUUGUUGCACUGCAGACCUUUUCUUUUUUGAAAGCUAUGAGAAAUCUGGGUAGGUGAUAACUUGUAUUGUGUGCCCCCUGUGUGUACACAUGCUAUACAAGUACUUUUACAGCCAUAGGCAAUUAUAAUUUACCGUUGGCAUAUUUCAAUGGUGGGAAGUUGGCUCACUGAUGUUAUAAGUAAUUUAAAGAAUUGAGAAUAGGACACGGGAAUCCCUUAAAGCAGGUUUGUCUCUGUGAAAUAUGCAAAAAUUCCAAAAGGGACAGAUCCAGUGUGGGUCUGGUGGCUAGGGGAUGCAGGCGAAGGUAAGGUUCAGUUACCUCAAGCUUUCUCUCACAGCAGCCACUGUUCUCAUCCUUCAGGUCCACUUUAGUUCCUGGUGCAUCAGUUGCUAGGAGCUGCAUAAGUGCUGUACUCUCGCACAUGCUCUGAGGUUUACAACCCCAAGGUCUAUGGAGGAACCCUCCUGGAGUCUUCAUAUACAAUUCCUGAAUCCCACAGCUGUCACUAGUGAUGGAUGCUGGGAUUGGACAAAUGUUGGUGGCAGAGCUCGACCUUUUGUCUUCUUUCAUAAUCUUCAAGGUUUACCAUAAGUCAAAGUAGUCCCUACUGUUACUUAUGGUAUCUUUUGGAUUGCAAGGGAUUCCAACGCAGUCUUCAUCAGUAUUUUAUAAAGAAUAUUUCUUCAUGAAAUACUGAAAAGUGACAGAUCCAUUUAAGCUGUGUGCUAUGAGAUACAUUGAAAAUAUUCAAAAUUUAUACUGUGAAAAGCUUGAAGGCAGAACAUUUCAAUGCAGAACAUGUUUUAAUAAUAUAAAAGUUCUGGCGCUUAAUACAAAUAAACAACAAAAGGAUGAUUGUCUCUGAUCUGCUAAAAAAACAAACCUGUGCUUCGGAUAAAACUGUUUAGUUUUUACUUCAUUUCUAGUGGCAACAACUAUUCCAAAUGGCAUACACCUUAUAAUGACAUGGAUCUGUAUUUGUCAUCCAAAUAAGACAAAACACAUUUUUAGAUAGAUACAUAAAUCAAGCAUCAUUUUGAUUUGUGCCCAUUUUAUUCAGUCAGGCUGCUAUAUAGAGAAACUACACAUGGUUCUUUAUGUCUGUAGUGAUAUGCUAAAGUGGACGUUCAUACAUUUGCAUUAGCACACCGACUUUGGACAUUAUUCAUUGGAGGAGAGCUGCCUGCUGAUGCUGAGACCCUGUUAAAAAUUCCCUUUUAUAUUUAAAUGUUCAGAAUCAAUAAUGAAUAGCAGGUGAAUGCUAAUACGCUUAUGCUUUCUCUAAUUUAAUCUUUAUAACAUAUUCAAACUUUCACAUAGUCUCAGAUACAGCACACACGGUUCUAUAAAAUACUUAUUAACUGAACACACAUCUUGCUUGAUCACAUCUCUUGGUAGUCUAGUAAAAUUCUAGAAAUUGGGCCUGGUCUAGCUCCAAUCCUUAUGUGUCUGCUACUUUGCAGGGUGUUUUUUUUGUUUGUUUUUGUUUUAUAGGGUGGUGCACUGAAGGCUACAACUAUGUAUUUCAAUUAUACCUCCCUCAAUCACUACCACACCAAAUGUUAUAAUUGCGGCUUUGCAAGAAUGCCUCCAUUUUGGAGUUGACACUGUGUAGCUGCAUAGUUCACAGACCCACAAGUCCAGAUAAUUGGCUGAUUAGUAAAAUCUCUGAAGACGCUUGUUGCAAAGCAAUCCAGAAAACAUGAUUCCAGAGAAAGGAAACAAAUUCUAAUUUGAUUUUUUGACUUUAUUGUCUCUUUAAAUGGCCUCACUUAGUAAAAGUAAAUAUGCUGGUAUUUUCGUUUAAUUUGUUUUGUUGGUAUAGGCUUGCACAUUCAAUGUGGUUUUUCCUCCAAUAUUCACAAUCAAAAGCUCAGUGUUGUCAGUGACAAAAUGACUAUCCUUUGACGUCUAUUAUUUUAAUACACCAUGUGCUAAGAAUACUUGACUUUUAUUUGUAGUUUAGUUUUUAACUAGAAUGAAGACUUAUUAAAUAUGUAUUGGAUAUAUCAGAUAUCUUGCACAGUGCAAAUGUGACCUUUUUUUUUUUUUUUUGAAUCAUGGAAUUUAAUGUACAGAUUAUUUCAAGGAACACUAUAGUCACCUAAAGAAUUUUAGCUUAAUGUAGCAGUUUUAGUGUAUAGAUCAUGCUUCUCAGGUUUCACUGCUCAAGUCACUGCCAUUUAGGAGUUAAAUCACUUUGUUUCUGUUUAUGCAGCCCUUGUCACACCUCACCUCUGACUCUGACACAGCCUGAAUGGAAAAAAAAAAAAAGCUGGUUUCAUUUUUAAUCAGAUGUAAUUUACCUGAAACAAUAGUAUCUCUUUCUUUGUAAAUUGAACUUUAAUCACAUACAGGUGGCUCUUGCAGGGUCUAGCACGCUAUUAACAUAGCAGGGAAUAAGAAAAUCUCUAAAUUAAACAGAACUUGCAAUAAAGGAAGAAUACACUUUAGAUGACUCUUUACAGUGUUUAGGAAGGCAAGUACCAUGCAGAGAAGUGUGACUAGGGUUCAUAAACAACGUGAUUUAACUCCUACACGGCAGCGAAUUGAGCAGUGAGACUGCAGGGACAUGAUCUAUACACCAAAACUGCUUCAUUAAGCUAAAGUUGUUUUGGUGACUAUUGUGUCCCUUUAAAUAAAAAUAAAAAUAAAACCAUCAUGAAAACUGGACAAAAUGGAGAAAAAUCUUUCCAGUAAUGACAUUUAGGCAAUCUAAUAUAUUAACAUAUACUCAACAUAUACUUAACAUAUUCUCAAAAUUUAAAGGGACACUAUAGGCACCCAGACCACCCAGACCACUUCAGCUUAUUGAAGCGGUUUGGGUGCAUAGUCCCAGAUCCAUUAAUCUUGCAAAGGUAAUUAUUGCAGUUUUUAAUAAGCUGCAAAAAUUACCUUUGAGGGUAAACUCCACCUCUAGUGGCUGUAUAGCAGACAGCCAGUAGAGGGACUUCCAGUCAUUAGAUGACUUUUGGUCGCCUGACGCUGGACGUCUUCACGCUAUGCAUGAGGACGUUCAGCGUCACCCAAAACCCCAAAGGAAAGCAUUAUACAUGCUUCCUAUGGGGGAUGUCGUAAUGCGAGUGCUGUGAUCGACGCACAUGCGCAAUCGCAAUAGGUUUCCCUCCUGGCUGACAUUGCAGGGGAAGAAGGCAGGGCCUAAGGCAGCGUCAACGAAAGACAGUGCUGAACUCAGGUAAAUGACAUAAGGGGUUUUUAAACCUUUUCUGGACCACAGGGAGGGGGCGGGCCUUGAGGUAGGGGACUCUAUAGGGUGCUAUAGUGCCAGGAAACCACUGUUUUCCUGGCGCUAUAGUUUCCCUUUAAAGAUGAAAUGUAUUCAGUACAAGAGGUUCAAGUCAGUUGUGCAAAGAACAGUGGUUAGUGUAUGUGUUUAUAUAUAAUCUCCUUCAAUGUAUAUAGUUUAAAUAGUGCUGCUGUUAAUGCUAGAUUUGCUGUUUAGUUUGGCAGUGUCAGGCAGCAUACAUUUGACGGUGGGUAUAUUUGAGACGUUGAUUAGAGGGUUGUUUCCCAUUAGAUGGGUAUUUAGUUGGGAACUGAGAAUGUAUUGUUAGGAUACAUCUUGAUUAGAUCUGGUGGUGGUCAUCUAGUAAACAUGCACUUUUGUUCCUUACAGUCUAAUAAUUAAAAGAUUAAAGAGAUAUUUUUUUAAUCAAGUAAAAUUCAUCAUCAGUUUCGCCGAAAGUAUUUGUUACACUGGCUGCAAAGGGUCUUUUGAAACUUUCUAAGUGACUGUGUGCACUGAUCCAUUUAGUCCUUUCAGAUAAUUACAUUAUGCCUAACUAUCUUGCUCAGGUUUUUUUUAAUGUUAAUAGUGCCUUACUGAAGAAUCUGUUUGUGAUUCCUCUCACCUAACUCUUACCUCCUGGGGACUAGAGAGGAUACCAGACUGCAGGGUUGUCUCAAUGUGUUUAAAUCUUUACCACCAAAACUUAAUUCCUUCAUUUAUCCCUCCCCAGCUAAUCAACAUAAUCACCAACCACAGUUAUAAUUACUCACAUAUAACACAAUUUAGUUACCCCACCAUACCAUGUGAAACAUAUUUCAUCCACAAUGCAUACCACCUUGUUACUAAUGCCAUCAGUGGCAGCCUCAUAAAUCAUCCUUAUUUGCUAUGGUACCCACAAAUCUCACUCCAUUGGCUGCUACAUCAGAUACAGCUUUUAUCAGACGACACCGUGUAUCCCACAGAACCUUUCAACCCGCCACCUUUCAUGUACAUCUCCCAUAUAACCGUUGUUAUACGGCGAACUUCAGCCACUAUGCCAUGCUGGCACUAACAUCUCCCAUAUCUUUCCCUUGACUGCCAGGCACACCGCAGGAUAUCUUCCUAAAACAGCAUGCUAUUCUAGGAAUGUUAUAGAAAUACCAUGGUUUUGCUUUUCUUUUUUUUGUGCAAAUCUAAUGUUUUUAAUGUCUCAUCUGCAUAUUUUGCAUAUCACUGUUGAUGAAGACUGUCAUUCAGAGCUGCCAUUCGGUAUGCGAAUUUUAUACUUUGGGGACUUUACACUAUUAUUAACAUUGAAUUGUGGAGAAGUAACAGAGAAACUGCAAAUUUUAGGCUUUAAUGUCUUAAAUGGAAAAAUCGUCCAGUUGAACCAUUUCCCCAUCUCCGCUAUUUUGGUUUAAAGUUUGCACUCCCUUGGCAAGUCUUCACAGUUUAUUCGAUAACCCAUUUAUUAUAUUUUUAGAAUUUUACUUAAAGUGUAACUGUCAUGACAGUCACUGACAAUUGCAAAGAGCAUGCUAUUUAUAAUUUUAUGUUGUAAUUUUUGUGAUUUAUAUUUUCCUCUGGCAAAAUAUUUCACGUAUUGCUAAAGGAUAGGAGGAUGGGGGUGACUAAUGUCACUUUCAAAUGCCAAUGCAAUGGCAAUGGAGGCAACGUGUAUUACUAAGCAGGGCCCCCAGUAUGUAAGCGGGAGGGUUCAUUAUAUUUUGGUAACGCUCACCUCCUUGACAUUUGUUUCACUGCUAGAAUGCUAAUAUGGAAAUUUCCAUGUAUGGAUAAAACUAGUACCAAGUUAACGAGACUCAAUUAGACAAACAACUGUUUAUUAUUUAUUUAUAAAAUAUUUUACCAGGAAGGACACAUUGAGAUUUCUCUCGUUUUCAAGUAUGUCCUGGGUCCACAAAACAUUGCAUUGAUAACAAUAGGCUACAAUAAAAUACAAAACAAUAUUAAUACACAAUAUCUACAAAAUUUAACAUAGAACAGGUAGGAAAUAUAUAAUCAGCCGUGACAGGUGCAUUCUGUUUUGAGAUAUGUAGAGAUGGAUCUUUAGGCUUGGGGAAGAUUUAAGUGUGCGGGAGGUCAUUCCAUAAAAGCGGUUCUCUGUAGGAAAAGGAGGAUCGAACCGCUUUCUUUUUGUAUUGAGGUAGACUAAAUAAAGUGCUGGUACUGGAUCAGAGGUUAUAGGAGGUGAGAACAGCCAGGGAGAGCAUUCUGCUCAGGUAGGGUGAGAGCUUCCCAGAAAAGCUCUUAAACACAAGGCUGGAAAGAUGAAGAGUGCAUCUGGAUGUUCAAGCGACAGCCAGUUUAGUUCUUUUCUUUUAGCAUGUCACAACGGUGGGUCCUGUAAUUACACUGUAGCACAAAUCGGCAGAACGAGUUAUACAAUGUAUUAAGCUUAUUUAGGUGAGUUUGCGGUGCAAGUGCAUAUACUACUUCCCCAUAAUCAAUUAUUAUGUUUGUGUUUGGGCUAUAGCUCUUUUAUACACAAUCUAUACAUUUAGGAUAAGCAUUCUGGUUGUUCUAGAAAGUUCAAUAAUUUAGAGCUGGUUUAUAUAGGGUAUGAUUUUUAUCGAGAGCAAAAACCGGGGUGCAAGAGCAUACUGAGAACAGGCAGCAGCUGAAAUAGCCUGCUCUUCUGUGGGUCCCCGCUCAGUUCUCAAGCUGGUUUUAGCUCAUCUUGUGCCAUUACAGAGAGAACAUCUCUGAAACAUAUCAGACUGGUCCCACCCAUACGGGCAGUCCAGAUCCGAAAUGCCAGCAAGUUCCCUCUGCACAAGAGACACAGCAACCCCAGACGAUCGUUUCAGCCUUGUUAGGCAUCGUCAGUGAGGCAUAGCUGAUAUCUCUCUAGGCACCGUGAGCAAGGGGUCCACAUCUGGAUUACCCUUUAAACUUAUGGAGGGCAAAAAACGGGGCGCAAGAGAAUACUGAGAACAGGCAGCAGCUGAAAUAGCCUGCCCUUCAGUGUGUCCCCGCUCAGUUCUCAAGCUGGUUUUAGCUCAUCUUGUGCCAUUACAGAGUCUAUGGUUUUUAUCGGUAUUAUAGUGUGCCGAUUAUACACUUGAGUUUAUUUUAGUUUGUAUAUUAUCAUAUAUAGUUAAAGGAACACUAUAGCAUUAGGAACCUAAACUUCCUAAAACUAUAAUGUUCUUCCCACUACAUAGAUGUCUAAGCCACCCUAAAUAAAAGUUCAAAUGUUUUUACCCGACUGAUUUCCAGUACUGAGACAUACUCAGUGCUGCUGCACACUCCACCUCUUGCAACACCAUACGGCAUCGCUUCCCGUCCAAUCCAAUGCUUCUAAUAGAAAAGCAUUUUAAACAACAAGUGCAUGUGAAGUGACUGUCAUGGUAAUCCAGUUAAAUGCUUAACAAAUGUAGGUAUUAAAUACAAUGCUUUCCUAUGAUCGACAUUUAAUGUUGAAUAUCACAUAACCAAGUCCAACUUGGUUAUGAGUGUGGAAGCGCCUCUUGUGGUUGCCUGCAGUCAAAACAUUACUGUAUCUACUAAACAUCAAUGUUUUCGGUUGCAGUGCUAAAACGCCAAGGGCACUGCACCAAGAGCACUUAAUUAAGGUGGAGUGAUCUGGGUGCCUUUAGUGUCCCUUUAAAUUAAUCAUUUUAAUUUGCAUACAAAAGUGUCAAAUAUGAUGUAUUUUCUAAUAGAAUAGAUAUGAAGAUAAUUUCAUACUCUAAAAAUGUGCAUGUGUUGCCUUUAAACUAAAAGUCAACCAAAACUGCAAGAGCACCCUCUUGUGACAGUAUGUAUUCUGUCACGAAACAGAGAGAGUCACUUGUUUAUAAUUAGCAUCACAAUCUGUGUGUGACACAAGCUGUUUAAAGUCUAUGAUUGCAAGGUUCAGGCAUUGUCUUGAUAAUCCAUUAUCACUUUUUACCCAUUUAUAAUGAAACAAUUCCAUUGGAAAUAAUGAGAAAUUGUCAUGAACUGGUGAGAAUAGCCACAUGCACCUGUUGGCUGCUAGUCAUUCAUUUUACCAAAUUUGCCAAAAACACAUGUUCUGUUGUGGAAUAGCAUUACAUGGUUUCAGGGACAUAGCACAUAAACAGGAAGACGACAACAACAAGGGGGUGGGGGGUGUCACUAUAUAAUUUUUCCUCUUUUUUUUUUUUUCUGAUUCAUCUAAAGCACAUGGAGUUCGAAAUAUUGUAUGUUACCAGCAAUGAGCACAUAUCUGAGCAUUUAGCUUGAAUUACAAAAGGGGUAUGCUGAAUACCAUAACCACUACAGUUUAUUGCAAGGGUGCGGCUCCUCCUUUUUUUUUUAUCUUAUCCUUAUUUGUCACUACAUGAAUCCAACUUAAAUAUUUUUGAUGGAUAAUUAGAAAGGUGAAACCUCAAUAUAAGGCGUUGAACUUACAUGCUGGGGAAUCCUCCACUCUGCUCAAACUUUUUGAAAGCAUUUAAAAAAAAAAACAACAAAGACAAAACAGAGAGACCGCACCAAUAGAUUCCUUGCACCACAACUACUACAAUAAACUUCAGUGGAUAUAUUGCUUAAAGUGUCCCUUUAAAGCUAGAUAAAGUAUAUACGUAUUGACUGAUUUGACUGAUUUACAGAGACGAGAAAGAAAAGGAAGAGGCAGAAAGGGAAGGAAAGCCUGUAACCGAUGAUGACUCCAUUCUGGCAGUCAAUCCUUUCCAACCCAUAUCAGCCGUUAUCAAUGAGGUAUGUAUGCAUGAAAUGAUUAUUCUGGAUGUGCCUUAUUUAGAUUUGAUAGACUGCCAUAUUAGGGUAGUAUGUUAUACAGUGUGGGGUGACCAAUUUGUCAUAUAUUUAAUUUUGUUACAAUUUCUUUUCUACUCCUGUAGUGUCAUAUCUUUAUUAUAUAUUUUUUUUAAAUCUUUUUUUUAUUUUUUAUUAAUAUUCUGAUAUGUCCAUCUCUCUUUCUCUAUUUAGAGUCAAGGAUUAGUCUGGCUUCCAAUUAAUUUAAAUAUUGUAAAAUAUUUUGCUUCUAUUUUAUUUUGUGAUGAGACACAUUAUAUUUGUAGAAUGAAGAAAAGAUUCGAAAAGAAAAAGAGAAGAAACGUCAAAAAGUAGCAAAUGAACCAAAUGGAAUUGACAUACCUCUUGAGACAAAGAGUGAAGACACAGGGAGUGAGAGCAGUCAGCCCAACCAGACUACCCAAGGGGGUGAUUUAAUAGAGGCAUAUAAGGAUGCUUUAGUCCAGAAACUGGAGCAAGAUGAUGCAAUUUGUGACUCCUCUGAAAAGAGAGACUCAGGUAUUUUCCUGAUUUCAUUGUGUGUACAUAUUCAAAUAUUACAAAUAUUAUUAAAACAUUUAAGCUACUUGGUAUUCCACUUAUUUUUUUUUUUUUUUAACCUCAAUGGGAGUGGAGACAUUACUACCAUUACUAUUAUUUUAAACUGUCUAGAGCCAUAGUUCUCAAGCCAAAUGUCAUGAAUUGCCAAUGGUUUAGAAUUUAGGUAAAACCAAAUUUUGGCACCAUGGGAAACCCAGUGUUGCCUACAAUUUGGUAGAACUAUGUGUAUUUAAAUAAUUUAGCAUUCUGUCUUAACUGACAGUUUUUGUAACUGUUUUUUUUCCUACUGCAUUACAGUUCUUAGUACCUACCGUAUGCCUAAAAAAUGGUUUUGUUGUUUUUAGAUCAAAGCAAAAAGAAAGCAAAAAAACUCAAGUUAAAAAGGAAUCACAGAGUUGAGCCUAUCAGUACUGAGGAACCUGAAAUAAAAAGUCCAAUUACCCCUCCACCUAUUGUACCUGGUGAGUAAUGAGUGGUCAAUUCUCCCGUUCUGAAGGAAGAAGAUGGAUGAACAAGCUGCAUCAUUUAACAUUAGAUUACCACAGUCUUUUUUUUUUUUUUUUUGUACCAAGCCAGUCAUUUUUUUAAAGGGCUGACUUUCUAAUUUAUUAUAACUUUUAUACACCCAGAAUCUUGGCUAAAUAGAUAAAUUUAGUGAAAACCGAAACAUUGUCAACAGCUAUUUAUCAUCUGGCACAUUUUUGACAGUUUUGGUAUUGUAUGCAGUGAUAAUGUAAUAUCUGUAUACAUGUAUAAAUCAGUAUUUUAAUUGUUAAUAGCUUGUAAAUUGUAACAAUCCUGUUAAUUUAUUACUAUGAAGUAUAUUUUUUUAAUAUCGAAAAUAUUUAAUAUGCUGUGCUAUUAUAUAUCUUUUAUGUGCUGUCCUCUGCAUUUAUAGCACUAUACAAUUCUGUCCCGACUGUAACAACCAUUGUAUUUACUGUAUGAUUAAAUAAAUUUCAUAUAGUUUGUUACCCUAGCCAGCAAUACUCAGUGUUCGUUUUAUAUUAUAAUAUGCUUUUUUGCUAAAUGGAAAUAUUGUUAUGUGUGUUGCACACAUAAUUUACAUGCAUAUGGUGUUAUUUAAACUUGAGAUUACUUUUUCUUUCAUAGAACUAUGUAUGCGGUUGGCUCAUCUAAGCUGCCUGUUCUAAAACUUCUGGCCAAUGGUUUAGUUAUUUAUUGUUAGGAUAAAAUCAUGUAUAUCCCUGGUAUCCUUGACUGCUUUUAAUGAGUUACUACAAUCAUCAUAGCAACUACAGCCUGCCAGACGCCAUUCAUUGGCUAAGAGCAUACAGAUGACUUCUCUCUGCCAAUGACUGCCAUUCUGUACAAUAAAAGUUGCGCAGAAUUUACAAUAAUUAACUCUAGUUCUGGACUGGCUGAUAACACCCUGCUGUAGGUGGAGUUACACCUCUGGCAGCAGAGGGGUUAAACUCUGCAUGGGCAGCAUUUCACAGCGACAUUCUGCACAUAAACUCCACGCACCAUGUCCACUUCAAAUCACUGAAGUGGUUAUAGUGCUUGGAGGAACCCUUUAAGGCACCCAGACCACUUCAGCUUAAUGAAGUGGUCUGGGUGCCUGGUCCUUCUAGGGUUAACCCAUUUUUUUUUAUAAACAUAGCAGUUUCAGAGAAACUGCUAUGUUUAUGAAUGGGUUGAGCCUUCCCCCCAUUCCCUCUAGCGGCUGUCUCAUUGACAGCCGCUAGAGGCGCUUGCGUGCUUCUCACUGUGAUUUUCAUAGUGAGAGCACGCCAGCGUCCAUAGGAAAGCAUUGAUAAUGCUUUCCUAUGCGACCGGCUGAAAGCGCGCGCAGCUCUUGCCGCGCAUGCGCAUUCAGCCGACGGGGAGGAGAGAAGGAGGAUUGGAGGAGGAGAGCUCCCCGCCCAGCGCUGGAAAAAGGUAAGUUUUUACCCCUUUCCCCCUUCCAGAGCCGGGCGGGAGGGGGUCCCUGAGGGUGGGGGCACCCUCAGGGCACUAUAGUGCCAGGAAAACGAGUAUGUUUUCCUGGCACUAUAGUGGUCCUUUAAUGUGUUAGCCUUUUCUACUUCCACUGGAAAACUAUAUUGUUAUUCUGUUAGCCAUUCUUGAGAGACGCAUUUUCUGGUUAUCCUUCAGGCUUCCACUCCCGUCACUUUUUUUCUUUCCCCCCCCCAAUAAUCCCUAAAUAUAUUUAGUGGUUUCUGUCAUUUUUGUUCUCUAAGGUCUCUAUACUUGACUAUUGGGAGCCUAUUCUAUCAAGACGAUGAUACAAAAUACACCAGGAAAAUUCUUACUGAUAUGUAAUAUUUAUUUUUUACCGAACAGCAAUUCCACGUUUUAGAGUGUGAUGUUUUCUUUUAGCUUGCAGGUUUUGUUUUUGUUAAUUAAAUUUUGUUUGUUUUCCUGUAGUUGGAUGGGGAACCCCAAAAGUUACUAGACUUCCUCCAAAGCUUGAGCCUCUUGGAGAAACACAUCAUAAUGGUAAUCCAGAAAUACCUUUAUUUUCUGUUUCUUCGCAUGCACAUCACUUCCAUUUGUAUGUGGUCACUUAACCAUUAACCUUUUAAUUAACCAUCAUUUAUGACUUCAUCCCAUCUAUUCCAACGGUUUUAUAUAUUGAUGAUCCUUUUUCCACAAACCUCCCCAUCAGUGUAAAAGUACAACGUUUUCAUAUUCAAACAAAUUGAUACCAUAUGAAUUGUUUCAGGUCAUUGUUGUACAUUUAAAUAUUUACCCCCAAACUAUAUUACUUUUCUAAAAGGGACUUUUUAUACAGCUGUGUUGUUCAUAUCUUGGAUAGUCAAGUUUGGUACCCCAGUGUCUGUGCACAGCAUCCUUCCCCUACAUCCCCUGUUUUCUAAACCAUGCAAUACAGCUGAACUUUCAUUGGUUGACUCUCCGUUCUGCACAAACAAAACAUCUAUUCAUCCAUGUUGGGCUGGCUACUUAUCCACCGACAUAUUUAUGAAUGUACUUUAAACAAAACUAGCUAAUUUCACCCUAUGACUGCUUGGAAGAAAUUUAAAGUCAAAAUGCCAUUGGAUCACAAUGGACACUAUCAUAUCUCCUUGCGAUAACAUAUCUAAACCUCUACAUAAUUUGUCAAAAACAGACCAAGAAAAAUAACGAGAAUGUAGGUAUUCUCACAAUUAGGAGGAGUAAUCUCUUACAGCAUAUUUUUCUAUUGUGGCAGUAAUAGUACAAAUUACAGAACGAAAUCUUUCUUUUUCCCCUUUUCAUUUCUGUCUAUAUAUUUAUAAAAUAUUUGUAAGAAACACUAUGGUGUUUAAGAGGGUUAAACUGCUUGAAACACAAUACAAAGCCUGCUAUUAUCCAUGUAUAAAACUAACCUAAAACAGCUGUUUCCUAGUCAUUUAAUCACUUUGUUAAUAUGAUCAUUUGUGUUGUCUUGUCUUCCUGAUCUGUAACAUUUUUUGGAUUCAUCUGUUUCCCCAUAAUAACAAUUACUAACCAAAGCAAUUUAUUCCUAAUAAAUACCUCUAAACAUUAACACCUUGUUUGUGUUCUACAUGUAUUACAUGUUUAUAUAUUGCAUUUAUGAUUUUCCAAUGCAGCACCAUAUAAAGCAGGAACUGUUUAUUUGUUUGUUUGUUUUUUUUAGUAACUUUGGAAAAAGUGUGGCAACAUUUUUAUUUUAUUGUCACAUUAUAAAUAUUUUCUAGAAAUGAACUUAAAGGGAUACUAUAGUCCCCAGAACCACUACAGCUUAUAGUAGUGGUUCUGGUGUCUAAAGCAUGUCCCUGCAGGUUUUUCAGUGUAAACAUAGCUUGUAAAUGGCAAUAGCAAUGCAAACUCAUCUAGUGGCAGUCACUCAGACAGCCACUAGAGUUGCUUAAUAUUUCAAUGCUGCACUGUGUUCAGCGUCUCUAUGCUCUGUAUGGAUACGCUGAAUGCUUCCCAUAGAGAUGCACAAGAGAAAAAUAGAAGAGUAUAGGCAACACUCCUGGAUACUGAUGGUGCAAGCUUUAUUCAAGGGUAAGUUACCCCACUAAAAGAAUGCGACGUUUUGGCUAAAAUGAGCCUUGAUUGUGCUGCUUAAUGAAGAAAUGCUGAAUGGCGCAGUUUGGUGUUUUGCAGCACAUGCGCAAUAGCCACCCAAUGCUUUCCUAUGAGAAAACAUUGAAUUAGCUUAGAUUCUCAAGUUUGAUGAUCUCAGCCGUGGAGGCGGGACCAGCCUAGCCCAUUCUGAUGGUGGACGGGGAUCUAAAUGUUUACUCCAGCACUAUAGUGUGUGGAAUACAUGCUUGUAUUUCUGACACUGUAGAGUUCCUUAAAUUCAACCCACCCCAGAUGUCACAGUCUAAAAAUGAUUAAAUAACUUAUACUGAUAUCACUUUUAACACUUUUAUCUAUGUAGCAUUGCAAAGCUUAUGGGACAUUUGAUUGAAGAUGUGGAUUAUGUAGUGACAGUUUAGUAGAGCUGUGUUUGGGAUUUUGGGAGUUGAUCCUCUAUCAAAAUGUUACCUCACCACUAGUUUAAAAAAAAAAAAAAAAGUCACCCCUGCAGUGCAGUCAGAAAUUAAAGACAAAAUCUGGUAACCCACAUAAGCCUGACAAAUAAAAAGAAUCAUGUUUUACAAUAUAUGGUUAUCGACACUUGAAGUUUAAAAAUAGAUAGACUAAAAAAUAUCCACAAUGCAGUUUUCCUUACCAGCUUAAAAAUGUUAUUUAUGUAUCAACAACCAUUGAGAUGAAGGCCGGUUUAUGUGUAGGGUUUUCUUUUUACACAAUAGUGUUUAAGUUCAAUAUUUCCUAUCAAUCUCCAGUAACAGAAUAAUCUUAAAGGUGGGUUAAUGGAUUAUAAUAUUUAACAUUAUUUGCUGAAGCAUUUAAAAUAUAGUAAUUUGAAUAAGAUUUAUUGUUAUUUAUUAUAUGUUUCAUACAAAUAAGUAUGACUUUGUCAAUUUUGGAUAAAAAAAAUACAGUCUUGACAGAGCCUUAAAAUACCAAAACACUGUUAAGGUGUUAAUACCAAAACACGGAUACAAGGUUUUCAAAAUGGUAGAACUAGUAUUAGAAUGCUACUCUUUUGUGAAAGGGACACUAUAUUCACCAGUAUAACUACAGCUUAAUGUAGUUGUUCUGGUGUGUAUAGUAUGUUAAAACAAAAGGCAGUGUUUAAAUUACUGCCUAGGAACAGUACUCGACUGUCACUAGAUCUGUUUCCUGGGUCAGUGCUGCAAAAUGGAACAGUGUGGUGUUUUGUUGCGCAUGUGCAUUAGUCUUCCAUUACUUUCCUAUGGUAAAACAUUGCAUUGGCUGAGAUGGUCAAUUUUGAUAAUCUCAGCCAAGGAGGCGGAGCAUGGGUGGAGACAGCUGCCACAGACCCACACCGUGCUGGAAUAAUGGUAAAUUUUAUUUCCUUUUUAACAGGAGCAAAGGGUGGCUACCUAAAAUGUGUUUUUAACACUGCAGUGUCAGGAAUACACAUUUGUGUUAUUGACACUAUAGUGUUCCUUUAAGUAGUUCAAUAAAAUGGCAGGAUCUGCCUGUAUUACCAGGUAUUAUAGGGUUAAGCAACUGACAAUUUGCUGCAUGUAACAUAAUUUAAAUGAUAUAUAAAUACAUAUAUUUGAAUAAGAAUAUUCAUUGUAUUGAAGUUUAACAUAAUAAUGUAAUAUCUAGUGAAUAAAACUGAUAUUUAUUUCAAUAUUAGAAAAUGGUGAUUGCCUCUUUCGUUGCUCACUCAUUUUGUUCUUUAUGGUUCUCUGCAGCGAUAACUCACUGAUAAUACAUCCAUUUCCUUUUGUGACCUACUGUUUAUUUUUAAAUAGAUUUUUAUGGGAAGCCACUACCUCCGCUGGCAUUAAGGCAAAGACCCAACAGUGAUGCACACGAUCUUAUAUCUUAAAGUCACAGAAUUGAUAUUCUCUUAUUACAUUGCACCAAUGGAAUUACCUGAACAGUAUUUAAUUUAUAAAACCAUAAAGCAAGUAGAUUCAUCAUACUUAUUUGUUUGGAUUACUAGAAAAGCACAUUUCUUAAUGACCAUUCUGGAAGAUCAGAACAAAUCCUGCCAACUGAAAAAGGUUCACUUCAGCUCUAGACCCGAUUUUUAGAGGAGUUCAAUUUUUAACCCAGUAUUCUUACCACUAUUUGUAUUUUAGGUUUGUAUCCUACAAUUGGGUGGACACAUUAUGUAUUUCUACAGAUGUAAAGAUACUUUUGUAAUAACAUGUAGGGGGUCAAACCUGCAGAUUAUUUUAACAUUGUAUAUAUGAAACUUUUUAAAUGGGGUGAUGGCACAAGAAGAGUCCUCACUUAGUGCGGUGUUGGUCCUCACGGUUCAUAAAGAAAUAACUGUAUAUUUUGUUUUCUUAUUAGCAUAGUGACUGUCUACAAAGCAGUUAUUUACAUGUAGAAAUCAUGAUCCUUCUUGUUCAGAGGACAGUACAUACUGACCAAAUCUGUAGUCAGCUCUUUCCUUGCUCGUUAUUGAAUCCACAGUUACUCUAACAAAGUGAAAUCUUUGAAGUUGUUUUUCCUUCUUCAAUAAAUAUUUUUAUUUGAUAGAGAUUACCAGCUUCUUGUAGGCAUUUCCCUGUGUGGUGAAAAUUCAUAGCAAGAAGUAUAUUGGAUAUUUUUAAUAAAGCACUAUAUCUCUGUCCUUCAGAAGUCUUUUCUAUACCCUAAGAACAGGGUAUAUUCUGGAAUUACAAAGGAAAAUUGGGUUAUGCACAUGCUGGUAGUUACUUAUAGUACUAAAUAUUUUUUAGCCAUCUUUACAAAAAUAAGGAAAUGGGGAUCCCGGGUGAAGAGUAAGGAAGGAAAAGCACAAAACCUGUGGUCAAUCUGUUCUGCCUCUUCUGUUACUCUUUAGAAUUACCCCAUGCAAAUAAGCCUUUUAUACACAGUCACUAUUUUAGGAAGAAACCAAAAUUAAUUUUUUAAUAUCCUUUUAUUUUAGGCUAUAUUAUUGCCUACAAAUGCAUUGUAAAUAAUAAUUGUAUAUAUUUUUUAACAAAAUAUUGCUAAGC